AUGGCUUCUUUACUUGAGGUGUGGUCCCUGCCGGGUACUCUUAUAUUCAUCGUUUGUCUUACUGUCAAUUGGACCGAAUAUGUGUCAAGUAAAGUGCCAAAGCCCUACCUUGAUGAAUUUUUUCAUGUUCCGCAGGCCCAAAAGUAUUGUGAGGGAGACUACUCAUGGGACCCAAAGAUUACCACCCCACCAGGCCUAUAUCUGGUAUCAAAAGUCUUCAAACCUUUGUUAGGCUGCGAAACCCGGUUCUUACGCAUGCAAAAUGCAGUUGCUCUAUGCGCUAUUCUUCCCAUGAGCUACUUCAUCCUACGCAUACUACGGACUCGCAACAAUUCAGGCAGACUUUCCACUAAGGACUCGACUCUCUUUACCGAUGUUCACUCUGCCGUCAAUAUCGCUCUCUUUCCUCCACUCUUCUUCUUCUCUGGACUCUACUACACCGAUGUAAUGUCUACUCUGGUUGUAUUAUUCGCUUACACUACAUAUCUGGCCAGUCCGCAAUCAUCCUUGAGUCCUUCACAUGCCGCCAUUGUUCUUUUAUCUGGGACCGUCGCCCUAUUCUUUCGACAAACUAAUAUUUUCUGGGUUGCUGUCUUUCCGGCCGGCCUUGCCGUUGUAAAUGCCCUGAAGGCUGAUGGGCCCUCGACUGCCUCGAAGUCCAAAGACAUUACAGAAAUCUUGCAUGACAGUUGGACCACAGGAAGGAUUGUUGACCCUCCAGUACAGGAUGCUGAGAUUCAGGAUGUCAUCAUCUUUCUAGCAUCAGUUGUAGUUGCCGCUCUCAGCAAGCCCUUACUUGUGAUCAAGGUCGCUGUACCGUACGCAAUUAUUCUAGUUCUCUUCGCAGGCUUCGUUGUUUGGAAUGGCAGUGUUGUUCUAGGUGAUAAAUCCGCACAUACAGCCACGAUAAACAUGCCGCAAAUGCUGUACAUCUGGCCGUACUUUGCGUUCUUCUCCAUCCCACUUCUGAUAGGACCAUGUCUUGGGUUCGUCGUCCGAGUACUGCCAAAGCAGGUCCAGGCAACUUGCGACAAAGCUUUGAACACUUCUACUUAUAGACUCCCAUCUCUCAUCGCAUCCAGUAUGUUUAUUACCUGGGCAUUACUCGCAGUCCAUUUCAACACCAUUAUUCACCCAUAUACCUUGGCCGACAACCGACACUACGUAUUUUAUGUGUUCAAAGUCCUCCGGCUAUACCCAGUAUUGAGAUAUAUCGCAGUGCCAGUCUACUUCAUCUGCGCAUGGUCCAUCAUCAGUGCUCUUGCGACACCGAGAAGAGCUACCCGUUCAGGCAAUGAAGGCACGUUAAAGGACAAAGGCAAAGCUGGUUCUCCUCCAGUCUUUGCAGAUGAUCAAUCUUGUAGCGUCAGCUUCGUCGUCAUAUGGCUAGCUGCGACUACUUUAUCCGUAGUCACAGCCCCUCUGGUUGAGCCGCGAUACUUUAUCAUUCCUUGGGUCAUCUGGCGGCUGCAUGUUGCACGUCACACAACCCCAAACGUUGAAGUACUACCGUCAUCGUUUUGGAAAUCGGUACUCGACGUACGCAUGGUUUUAGAAACCAUCUGGCUGCUUGCCAUCAACCUGGCCGUAUCGUACAUCUUCUUAAACUGGACAUUCACAUGGCCCAACGAGCCUGGUAAUCUGCAGCGCUUCAUCUGGUAG